AUGAUGGCCAGUUUUGAUCGUGAACAAUUAUUCACCAUUGUCAGCUUAGUGCUACUCAUAAGUCUGACAGCGACAUCGAUCGGAGAGGACACUACUCUAACAAGUGAAUCGAAGCCGAAACUACUGCAAGCUGCUCAAGCGUUCUACUUCAUUGCUUUGUUCGCCUUCGUCUUCGCGCUCAUACUAUACUCAGUAUACACCUUUAAAUUCCGCAGCAAAGCUUUGAAAUAUGCCUAUAUCGCAUUGAUUGUAUCAGGAUUUGUGUGUGCAGUACUCAGUGUUAUCAUGUACUAUCAAGCAUUCUCCGAAUAUCGUACAGUUAAACCGGAAUCGAAUUCAUGGCUGAUUGCAGCUAUAAUGGCGGCCUUCCAAUUGAGUGUGUAUGUAUUCAUGUACCAUUUAAAUUAG